GAAACGCAGACAAUCUAUGUUUGGUCUCCCCACACUCAUUUACUUACAAAACCUACAUACAUACAGAGUAAUAAACAUGGCAUUAUCUACAACAUACUAUCAUACAUUUUCCAGAUUGAACUUAACUACACUAACUCUACAUAUAUUACAAUACAAUGGUAUAUUUUUAGUCUAUACAUAUUAAAGGCCUUGGGUUAAAAAAUCUAACAGUAGGUCUAUUCAAUGCAGGUUCACUGAGCACAGGACACGAGGAGUUUAUCAUGGCUAUGGAGGAACUUAACCCUGAUGUAAUGGCGAUAAACGAGACGUGGCUCAGGACGGGGGAGGAGGAUAGGGCACCCAAACUAUCAGGUUACCGUCUAAGGCAUACUCCGAGACCUACCCAAGUUAGAGGAGGGCGCGGUGGUGGGGUCGGUUUCUACAUACGCAAGGGGCUAAACGUGAGGACCUGUCCACAUCCUGCCACUUUUUCUACUGUUGAGCAAAUGUGGGUCUCCUUGCGUCUAAAUAAUCAGAAAAUUGCUAUUGGUACAGCUUACAGACCUCCAUGGCAGGACGUGAAUGUGUUUUUGGAUGCCAUCGCUGAGACAAUUGCCUCCUUCACCGGGUUUGAUGGACUGGUCAUUCUUGGAGACUUCAACAUCAACCUGCUGGACGGGCAUGGUGGCAAGUGUAGGGAUCUCAUAAAUUGUAUGCACAGCCUCAACCUGAAGCAACUGGUUUCCGAGCCAACACAUUACACAGCACACAGCUCAACUCUUAUUGAUGUAAUAUGUACCGACAUAAAGGCUCUUAGGGUUAUUGUGAGACAAUCACCUGAUCUGGGAGGCCACGCCAUGCUCAUGGCGGAGCUCAGGGUCAGGAGGGAGACAGCGAAACCCCACUGGGUCACCUACAGGCCACUGAAGGGCAUCAUGCAGCAUCUUUUUGACUCAGACCUUAGUAAAAUUGACUGGUCGAACCUCAGAGGUGUCGGGGACAUAGACGCUAGAGUUGAGGCAUUUACGGGGUGUAUUCGAGGGCUGAUAGAUCUGCACGCCCCAAUAAAAACACGUAAAUUCAAGCAUCCCCCCCACCCUUGGAUAACGGACACAAUCAGAGAGAUGAUGCAUGUCAGGGAGAAUUACCAUAGACAAUUUAAGAAGACAGCUACCGCUACUCUACGGGACAGUUAUAGAGUGAUGAAGAAACUAGUAUCAGAUGCUAUAGAAAGAGAAAAAACUUGCUUUUUCAAUAAACACAUAAACAGUAACCUUAAAAAUUCAAAACAGCUCUGGAAGAAUUUAAAAAGCACAGUUCUACCGAACAAGAAAGAUGCUUGUGAACUCCCUUUACUGUUUAAUGACCCCGACUCCAUCAACAAUCAUUUCCUUGAUGUGCCUGGUGAGGACAGUGUGACAAUCUCUCAACUAACUUACUAUGAAUUUCACAGAUACAAUAGUGUUACAUCCUUCUCACUUCAGACUGUGAAUUCAGAUGUAGUUCUAAAAACCAUCACAGCACUUAAAUCGAACGCCCAGGGAUGCGAUGGUGUCACCCUGGACAUGAUACUGCUCACUCUUCCUUACUCGCUGGAGGCCAUCACUGACAUAGUAAACUGCUCUAUACUUGAGGGCAGUUUCCCUGAGUGCUGGAAAAUAGCAGUCGUGAAGCCUCUGCCAAAAAUCAACCAUCCAACAACAGUCCAUGAGCUCAGGCCCAUUAGCAUUCUGCCAUGCCUCUCUAAAAUCUUGGAACGUAUAGUAUGUGACCAGCUGACCAAAUACCUUGAGACAGAGGACAUACUUCCACAACGUCAAUCGGGAUUCCGCAAGGGCUUCAGUACAGCAACCGCCCUUUCGGAUGUUGUUGAUCACCUUUUGGCCAGCCAAGACAGGGGAAUGGUCUCCUUGUUGAUGCUGCUGGACUUCUCGCGCGCAUUUGACUCCAUAAACAUUCGUUUGCUGCUAUCAAAAUUGAGUUUUUAUGGUCUUGACAGAACUUCAGUGCAAUGGUUUCACAGCUACCUGACGCAGAGACAGCAGUAUGUGGAGCUAAAAAAAACAGACGGUACUGUAUUUAUAUCACAACGCAAACCAGUCACCCGCGGAGUCCCCCAGGGAUCCAUCCUAGGCCCAAUUCUAUAUAUUUUAUACAGCGCGGACAUAAUUAACCACAUUACUGACUGCCACUACCACCUCUACGCUGACGACCUACAACUAUACAUAUCGUUCCCACCAUCAGACUUUGCUGCUGCCAUAUCCAAAGUCAAUAAUCAGCUGAGUAGAAUCUCCAUCUGGUGCACUUCCAACUGCCUUGUGCUUAAUCCCAGAAAAUCCAAAUUCAUGCUGACAGGCUCACCCAAAGGGUUGGAAAAACUCAAAGAUAGGAGCGGGUUUUGGAAGCACGUAAUCUGGGUCUGAUUGUUGACAGUAAACUUAGGUUUGAGAGUCACGUGCUCGAGUGUGCCAGAACUUGUUUUUACCGGCUGAAGCUUCUGUAUAAGCUGAGACCAUACAUAACUGAAAGCCUUAGAACCUCUCUAUGCGAGUCACUUAUACUAA